GAUUCUGCCCCUGGAAUUUUCCUUCGGUUGUUAUUCUCUUUGGUUUUUGGGGCACCGAAAUGCCGCUUUUGCCCAUUGCUUCCACGCGUCUGUCAUCGAUGGAAUCCUCCAUUUGGACUCUGUGUUCUCGAUUUUUCUUUUGCUUUCCGUUGCUUUGGCUGAAAAAUCUGGGGAUGUUACACCUGCUCCCUUGCUAUUCUUUUCCUCUUCUGGACUCUUCUUUUCCAUCGACUUCUUUGUCACUAUCUCGCAACCAUCUACAACACUGAUUCACCCUCCAUUUCUCCCGCUUAGCAAAAGAAAAUCAAAGGGGUUCACCUCCGUGGGUUCUUUCUUCUUUUCUUCCACCUCUUCCUUCGCUGAAGCAACUAAAAAUCAAAAACCUACUUGCGGCUUCUUCCUCCCGAUUUUGGAGCUUCUCUUUCUCUCUCUCCCCUCCAUUGAAGCACCUCCAUACACAGAUUUGGUUUUCUGUUUGAGCACCGGUUGUUUUUGCAUCACUGGGAAGUUAAUUUUCUACAACUGAGAGUUUUCCUGGCUAAGAGGAUAUUUUGCGGUUUGGUUCCUUGCUUGGUCAGUCUCAGAUUUACCGACGGUUCCAACGGUCCUGUUAUUUUUUGGAAAAUCAGGAAUUUGAACAUCAGCUUGCGACUUCGCCGUCGAUUUGAACGCCAGCAGCUUUGAUGCAGUCCUUGGAGACACCCCUGCCUCUUUUGCCAUAGUGGAAUUCUUUGCUCACUGGUCAGCUUUUCUAAUUUCUAUGUAAACCAUUGAUUUUAUUUGGGAAAUAAAUGGAACCCCUUAUGUUUUUGCUUAAAGUAUUGAUCUUUGAGUGUUACUCAGUAGAUAUUAGAUCGAUUGGAGGCUACCCAUUUGAAAAAGAAGAGAGAUCACAUGGAUGAUGGAUCAUGUGAGGUUCUCCAAUUAUUUGAGAUCACAUGGAAAUAUUUAAGUUGUCAUAACUAAAAUGACCUGAAAGCUUAUUGAGAAUUGUUGUAAUUUGCUUUUCGUUGUAGCGUUACUUUCUUAAACUGAUUAGAGCUAAAGAUUGCUAAUUCCAUAGCAUUCAGUGCAUAUGCUUAUUAAUGUCUGUUUGUUAUCUUAGAGGCAUAUGGUGAUUUAGUUGCACCCUGCACAUGUGCAGCUGAAGGCUGACCCCAAAUUGUUCCCCCUGAAAUGAUGUUGUGCUUAUUUGUAAAUUUUGUUGCUCAUCUGCAAUUCACCUUUUGUCUCUUGAUAUCUUUUACAGGUGCAAAACACCAUAGAGUAUUUAAACAUCAUCGGGGCCUUGGAUGAGAAUGAGAAUCUGACUGUUUUCGAUAUUUCAGAAUUUCCGAAAGCAGGUGUGGUUUGAUCAAUUAAGACCUACCUGAUUUACAGAGGUCUGAUUAGAGUUUGGGAUUUCUGGGUUGUGGCUGGGGUUUUGGCUGAUUUACACCUUUUUUCAAGGGUGGCGUCUUUGCAGCCCGCUGUGGAACAAGUGUGAUCCAACUAAGAAAUUUUGUGCCCAUCUUGGGUUCACUUCGAACUUGGUUGAGACCGAUCUAAUCCGGCGUUUCCAGAUUCGGGAAACCGUCCCUUUCAGAUUUUUGGAUUUUCGAUUCUGAUUCUUGGAACUCUCUGUGCUAAAGUGCUGUUACAACAUGGGUGGUGAUUCAUAUGAUGGUUCUCAAGAUGGAAGGGAUGAAGAUGAUGAGGAAGAAUACGAGGACGUUGGUAAGGGUAGUCGAUUUCUUGGAUUUAUGUUUGGCAAUGUCAAUGACUCUGGUGGGCUUGAUGCUGAUUACCUUGAUGAGGAUGCAAAAGAACAUCUUGCUGCACUUGCUGACAAGCUGGGUCCAUCGUUAACAGGCAUAAAUCUGUCAGUAAAAUCACCACAAACAUCAACUGAUGCUGUUGAAGAAGAUUAUGAAGAGAAGGCUGAAAAUGCAGUUAAUUAUUUUGAUAUUGAUGAGGAUUUUGAGGGACCAGAGAUUCAAGCUGCUACUGAGGAGGACCAUUUGUUGCCAAGAAAGGAAUAUUUUUCUGCUCAAGGUUCAUUGGCUACUUUGGAGCCCACAAAUUCUAUGUUUGAUGAUGAAGAUUAUGAUGAAGAAAUUGAACAGGAACAUGAGGUGGUUGAAAACAACAUAGAUGUUCAAACUAUCUCUUUACCAGGGGUUUCUACUGCAGAAAAAUAUUCUGAGGAUGAUUGUCAAAUUGGGGGUCUGGACUCUGAAAAUUUGGCUGCUCGUGCAGAAGAGUUUCAGGAAGUGCUUACAGAUAAAAGUGCCACACCGCUGCCAGUUCUAUGCAUAGAAGAUGGAAAGGUGAUACUACGGUUCUCAGAAAUCUUUGGUAUUCAUGUGCCCUUGAAGAAGGCGGAGAAAAGAGAUCAUAGGUACUCUGUUCCUAAAGAUAGGUACAAAUCCAUGGAUGUUUCUGAGAUUGUUGAAGAGGAUGAAGAGUCAUUCUUAAAAGGAUCUGGUCAAGGAUUUCAAUCUUUGAAACAGGCAGAUGCACUCAAACAUGACAUUUUUUCAGCACUCUAUGAUGAAGACUCAGACUUCGCAAAGUUUCGUGUUCUAAAAGGGGCAAAUUCAGUGGAUCUGCUGGAUGACAGGGCAAUAAAGGACUCUUGUCUCAUUGCGGAACCAAUGAAAGAGAAUCAAAUAGUAGAUAUUUCUGUGGAAAGUCAAUCACCUUUGUGUUCAAAAUUUUAUCCUCUUGAUCAACAAGACUGGGAAGAGGGAAUUGUUUGGGGAAAUUCUCCUAUAGCAAGUGACAAUUCUGUUGAGAGUUGUGAAAUUUCGGGACCUGAUGAAGCUUCAUUUAAUAGUGAAACAGAACCUUAUAGUGGGACACAAAAUAUUCAGUUAGAGCCCAAAAAAGAACCUGAUGAGAAGGAUCACGCUGUUAUGCUGCGUAGCUCAUGUCUAUUGGAGCCUUUUGGCUCAAGAAACUCAUCAGAAAUUUCAUCUCUUCCUUUCUCGGAAAGCAGACGCCAUCCCCAACUUUUAAGGCUAGAAUCUAGAUUUGAAGUGGAUGACCAUGCUGAUGGUGCAAUGGAGAGUGUCAGUAAGAAGCUUCAUCAGAGUGACGCUGUGAGGCAAUUUAGUAAACUCACUUCACAGAACAGAGACAUGCUGGAAGGAUCUUGGUUAGACCAGAUAAUAUGGGACCCAGAUAUGCCUACUGGGAAGUCAAAGCUUAUCCUUGAUCUUCAAGAUGAGCAAAUGCUUUUUGAGAUUUUGGAUAACAAGGAAAGUGAACAUCUCAGGCUUCAUUCCGGGGCCAUGAUUGUGACUCGCCCAAUAAAGUCAAGUAAUGGGGAUUCUUUUGAGUUUCCAGGUCAUGGAGGUCAAUCUGGGUGGCGAUAUGUUUCUAAUGAUAAACACUAUUCAAAUAGGAAAACUUCUCAGCAACUGAAAUCAAAUUCUAAAAAACGCACAGCGCAGGGCAUAAAGAUUUAUCAUUCACAACCUGCAAUGAUGUUACAGACAAUGAAACUGAGGUUAAGCAACAAGGAUGUAGCAAAUUUUCACCGACCAAAAUCUUUAUGGUAUCCUCAUGACAAUGAAGUGGCUGUAAAAGAGCGAGGAAAGCUCCCCACGCAAGGACCAAUGAAAAUUAUUGUUAAAAGCUUGGGUGGCAAAGGAAGUAAGCUUCAUGUGGAUGCUGAGGAAACAAUAUCUUCUGUUAAAGCAAAAGCUUCAAAGAAGUUAGAUUUUAAGCCAUCCGAAACAGUGAAGAUGUUCUAUUUAGGGAAGGAACUUGAAGAUGAUAAAUCUCUUACUGCCCAGAAUGUUCAACCAAAUUCUUUGCUUCAUCUUGUUCGCACAAAAAUAUAUUUGUUGCCACGAGCACAAAAGAUUCCUGGUGAAAAUAAAUCGUUGCGGCCUCCUGGAGCAUUUAAGAAGAAAUCUGAUCUUUCUGUGAAAGAUGGUCAUGUCUUCCUAAUGGAGUACUGUGAAGAAAGACCUUUACUUUUGAGCAAUGCUGGUAUGGGUGCAAGAUUAUGUACUUAUUACCAAAAAUCAGCCCCAGAUGAUCAAACUGCUUCUUUGUUACGCAAUGAUAACAACAGUUUGGGACAUGUCAUUUCACUAAAUCCAGCUGAUAAAUCACCUUUUCUUGGAGAUACAAAAGCUGGUUGCAGUCAGUCAUCUCUUGAAACAAAUAUGUAUAGAGCACCUGUAUUUUCUCAUAAGGUGCCCUCAACUGAUUAUUUGUUAGUUCGUUCUGCAAAGGGGAAGCUUUCAAUUAGACGUAUUGACCGCCUAAAUGUUGUUGGGCAACAGGAACCACUCAUGGAUGUAAUGUCUCCGGGAACUAAGAAUCUUCAAAAUUAUAUGAUCAAUAGGCUUCUUGUCUAUAUCUGCCGAGAGUUCCGUGCUGCCGAAAAGCGCCAUUUGCUUCCUUGUAUCCGCGCAGAUGAGUUACCUUCACAAUUUCCUUAUCUAUCUGAACCCUUUAUUCGGAAGAAGCUGAAGGAACAUGCAAAUUUCCAGAGAGCAUCAAAUGGACAAGUUAUGUGGGUUAAGAAACGCAACUUCCGGAUUUUGUCGGAGGAUGAAUUAAGGAAUUUGGUGAAACCAGAAGAGGUGUGCGCCUAUGAAAGCAUGCAAGCUGGUCUUUACCGGCUCAAACAUUUGGGAAUUACUGAAACACAUCCGUCUGCCAUAUCUUCUGCAAUGAGUCGUCUCCCUGAUGAAGCAAUUACUCUGGCUGCUGCAUCGCACAUUGAAAGAGAACUGCAGAUCACUCCAUGGAACUUGAGUAGCAACUUUGUAACUUGUACACAGGGAAAAGACAAUAUUGAGCGUUUGGAAAUAUCUGGUGUUGGUGAUCCAUCUAGCCGGGGCCUAGGUUUCAGUUAUGUUCGUGCUGCUCCAAAACCAUCAAUGUCAAGUGCAGUCGUGAAGAAAAAAUCUGCUGCUGGUCGAGGAGGUUCCACUGUUACUGGAACAGAUGCUGAUCUACGCAGAUUAAGCAUGGAGGCUGCACGAGAGGUUCUUCUUAAAUUUGGCGUUUCUGAUGAGCUGAUUGCGAGGCAGACUAGAUGGCAUCGUAUUGCGAUGAUACGCAAGCUUUCAAGUGAGCAAGCUGCAUCUGGGGUUAAAGUUGAUGCAAACACUAUCAGUAAAUAUGCACGUGGCCAGCGUAUGUCCUUCCUUCAGCUGCAGCAGCAGAACCGGGAGAAGUGUCAAGAAAUUUGGGAUCGUCAAGUGCAGAGUCUUUCAGCUAUAGAUGGGGAAGAAAAUGAGAGUGACUCUGAAGGAAAUAAUAGCGAUCUAGAUUCCUUUGCUGGGGAUUUAGAAAAUCUGCUUGAUGCAGAAGAAUGUGAAGAAGGGCUAGGUGGUGAUCAUGAAUCCAACCAUGAUAAAUCAGAUGGUGUUAAAGGGCUUAAAAUGAGAAGGCGCCCUUCCUUGGCUCAGGCAGAAGAGGAAAUUGAAGAUGAAGCAGCUGAAGCAGCUGAGUUAUGCAGGUUGCUCAUGGAUGAUGAUGAAACUGAGAGGAAAAAGAAGAAGAAAACAAGAGUUUUGGGGGAUGAAGUUGGGCUGGCUCCUGGCUUGCGAACAAGUUAUAUCUUAGAAAAUGCAGAUAGGGGAAAAAAAAUAAUUGCUGCUGUACAACCUGAUGGAUUCUAUACUCCAAAAGAUAAUCCAGUCGGAGAUGCGAAAGUGGUGGAAAAUCUUCUUAAAAGAAACAAGAUUGGAAAACUAAAGGGAAUGAAAAAGAGUGAUACUACACAUAUGGGUCUGAUGAACAAGAAACUAAAAAUAUCAGGAGACGGUGUCAAGAGUACUUUUAAGGAGAAGAAAUCAGCACGAGAGAAAUUUAUCUGUGGAGCCUGUGGUCAGCUUGGACACAUGAGGACAAACAAGCAUUGCCCCAAGUAUGGAUACGGAGAAGAUCAGGAAACACAGAAUGAUACUCCAGACCUGGAUAAAUCAUCUGGAAAGGCAACUGCUCUGAAUUCAUCUAGUCAGUCUCAACAGAAAACUACUACAAAGAAGCUGGUACCUAAAAGUGCAACUAAAAUUGCUGUGGUUGAUGCUUCGGAGGCUGAAAACCUUGGUCCGAGCACAAAGGUUCUUCCAUUGAAAUUCAAAUGUGGGUCAACUGAAAAGCUUCCUGAUAAACAGCCUCUUGGAGAGACAGAGAGUUCUGAGCGGGUCACAUCUGAUCCCGAAAAUGGGAAGCCCACUAUGAAGGUGCACAAAAUAAUAAUUUCGAACAAGAUGAAACCUGAAAAUGUACCUGUUGAAUCUCAGAAGCCCCCUAUUGUGAUGCGACCUCUGACAGAUACAGAUAGGGGUUAUGUUGAAUCACAGAAGCAAACUAUUGUUAUACGGCCACCAGCAAAUACUGAUAGAGAGCAGGGGGAAUCUCAAAAGCUCUCAGUUGCUAAACGGUCGUCAAUGGAGGCAAAGAGAGAGCAACAUCACAAGAAAAUUAUAAUUAAACGUCCAAAAGAAAUUAUUGAUAUAGAUCAGAUCAGUCAGGAUGGGGGAACUCCUGUUGAACACAGGAAAACUAAAAGAAUUGUUGAAUUGACAAGUUCUGAAAAGCACAGGAAGCAGGAGAACGUGUAUUUGGCUAAGGAAGCAGCAAACAAGAAGGCUAGAGAUGAAAGGAGAUUACGAGAGGAGCAAGAGAAACGGAUAAAUGAAGACAGAUUGAGAGAAGAGAGGGCCAGGAGGCUUUAUGAAGAGGAAAUGAGGAUGAUAGAGGAGCGAGAAAGACUAGCAGAGCUUAGAAAAUAUGAAGCAUUACUCAGACAAGAGAGGGAGGAAGAAGAACGCCAGAAAGCAAAGAACAAAAUGAAGAAGAAAAGGUCUGAGAUAAGAGAUGAUUAUUUAGAUGACUCACGAGCACGAAGAUUAGACAAAAGGAUGCCAGAAAGAGAUCGGGGUGCAAAAAGGAGGCCAGUUGUUGAAUUGGGAAGGCAUGGUGGAGAAUCUACCCCAGCAACAAAGCGCCGUAGAGGGGGCGAGGUCGGUCUGGCAAACAUCUUAGAGCGUAUUGUAGAAACCCUCAAAGAUCGAAUUGAAGUAUCAUAUCUUUUUCUGAAACCUGUAUCCAAAAAGGAAGCUCCUGAUUACUUGGACAUCAUAGAGCGCCCCAUGGAUCUGUCUACAAUCAAGGAGAAGGUGAGGAAAAUGGAGUACAAGAGCAGGGAGCAAUUCAGGCACGACGUGUGGCAGAUUACUUAUAAUGCCCACAGAUAUAACGAUGGACGCAACCCAGGCAUACCUCCCCUUGCAGAUCAGCUCUUAGAGCUUUGUGACUAUAUGUUGGUUGAGAACGACGAAAGCUUGACUGAAGCUGAAGCGGGCAUUGAAUAUGUAGAUAUCUAGAUAAAUUGAUUCUAAUUUAUAUCGGCCAUUUCUUUAUUUUGUGAGAAAAAAAGCCUCAGUUUUGCUGGAGCAUUUUUUUUAGGUGUUGGGGAAUGGGGCUCAAAUGACGGCUUUGACUUCGUCUCAUGUCAGGAGGGAUCGAUGAAAGAAACAGUUGCCCUCCGAGUGCUCGGUAAAUUUGUGAUUGCCAGUUGAAAUCUGUGUUUAUGUUGUUCAGUAGCAUUUGGUUGCGAAAUUGUAUUAGUUGUACAGUGCAAUGCUUAAAAUUUACAAUGAUGUAUCGGUACUUCCUUUGAAAUGUCGGUCUUUAGAGUGCCGGAUUCCGGCUUGUACA